UUUUGCAUGUAUUUUAUGCCUCUAUUUCAAUGACACUUGGCAAAUUUUUGUUGGUUUCUGAGUAGUAAUAGCAAAACCUAGCAACAAUACAUAGUGCUUUGUAAUUGGCUGUAUUUUGUGGACUUGAUAGUAUGAUGUGUUAGCUUGUGAUAAGUUAGAAAUUUUCCCUCUGUACAGGUGGAUUGUUACAUAGUGUAAUUAGUUAGAAGUUAGUUAGUGAAAUUCCUAAUUCCUACACGUGCUGGACUGAUUAUGUCAUCGCUUACACGUGCAAGGCUGCUUAUGUCAUUGCUUACACGUGCUGGACUACCUACAUCAUCGCUUACACGCACUGAUGUGUGAUUGAUUUUUGCAUGUAUUUUAUGCCUCUAUUUCAAUGACACUUGGCAAAUUUCUGUUGGUUUUUGAGUAGUGAUAACAAAACCUAGCAACAAUAAGUGAUGCUUUGUAAUUGGCUGUAUUUUGUGAACUUGGUAGUAUGAUGUGUUAGCUUGUGAUAAGUCAGGAAUUUUCCCUCUGUACAGGUGGAUUGUUACACAGUGUAAUUAGUUAGAAGUUAGUUAGGGAAAUUCCUAAUUUCCCACUUCUUUACUUACUCUGUUUUGUGUAUAUAAAGCAAGUAGAUAUUUAUGUAUUUUGUAUCUUUCUCAUAAUCAAUCAAUCAGAAUCUUUCAAUCAGAGUUUUCUCUCCCUCCCCAAGUUUCUUUGAAGUUAUGUCUACUAAGGAGGAGCCACCAAGAACUGGCAAGCACUUUGUGCUAAUUCAUGGAGCAUGCCUUGGAGCUUGGUCUUGGUACAAGCUUGAGACACUGCUAAAAUCUUCAGGGCACAAUGUCACUGCACUAGACUUAGGCGCUUCUGGAAUCAACCCACUGCAGGCAAAUGAUCUCCAAUCAAGUUCUGGCUAUUUCAAGCCUUUGAGGGACUUCAUGGAAGCUCUUCCUUUUCAUGAAAGAGUAAUCCUUGUUGGUCAUAGCUAUGGUGGGUAUGCAAUUUCUCAAGCCAUGGAAUAUUAUCCAAGUAAGAUUUCUGUAGCUGUUUUUGCCACUGCCCUCAUGCCUGGGCCGACCCUCAACUAUUCCACCCUCAAACAAAUGUCAGUGAGCCAAGAAGUCCCUCAACUUGACAAUCACUAUACAUAUGACCAAGGCCCAAACAACCCUCCAACUACUAAAAUCUUCGGGCCCUUGUCCUCGGCAUCAUAUUUGUUCCCGCUUAGUCCAAUUGAGGAUUUGACACUGGCUGCCUUGUUGUUGAGACCAUUACGUUUGUUUAGUGAUGAAGACCUGUCAAAGCAGCUAAUGCUGUCUAUUAAGAAGUAUGGAUCAGUUAAAAAGGUUUUCAUCAUAGCUGAAAAAGAUAAGGCGAUAAAAAGAGAUUUUCAAUUGUGGAUGAUUGAGAGAAAUCCACCCAAUGAUGUGGUGGAGAUCAAAGGAUCAGAUCACAUGGUCAUGAUGUCUAAGACAAUAGAGCUUUGGUCUCAUCUCCAAGGCAUUGCUGAGAAAUAUUCUUAAUCCACUUUCAAUGCAUGGGACAUUGAUUCACUAGCAAUGUAUUAUAAUCAGAGAGAGAGAGAAUUAUAAUUUAUAAGCCAUAGCUUGUAGUAAAUAAGCCAGUGGUAUUAUGGCACAAGGCUCUCUAUGAAAAUGAUAUUGUUUUAAUAAUGAUAAAAUUUGUAUAUCUAACC